ACAGGACAGUCUGGGGACUAUGACGUGUGACUGUACGUGGGGAGACGGUUAAGAUAAUGUUAAUUACAUUUCCUCGUUAAACGCUUCAUCUGCAUACAUACGGAUUUUUGUUUAUGUGGAAGGAGUGGGUUGUUGGGUUCUUCAAACGGGAAUCAAAGGUUUGCUCUCGAUUAGCUUGACCAUCAUAACAGCUGUGACAUAGUAACCAGUCCUGAUCCGGGGAAAAUAUGAAGCUUUACAGCCUAAGCGUCCUCUACAAAGGAGCGACCAAAGCCAAUCUUCUUAAAGCGGCCUAUGACCUGUCCUCCUUUAGCUUCUUCCAGCGCUCCAGUGUUCAGGAGUUUAUGACUUUCACCAGUGCCUUGAUUGUUGAACGAUCAUCUCAAGGAAGUCGUGCCUCUGUCAAAGAACAAGAGUACCUGUGUCAUGUUUAUGUCAGAAAUGACAACUUGAGUGCUGUGGUGAUUGCAGAUACUGAGUACCCACAGAGGGUCUGUUUCACCUUGCUUGACAAGGUAUUAGAGGAGUUCUCCAAACAAGUGGACAGUAUAGAUUGGCCUUCUGGUAACCCUGACACAAUAAACUAUAAAGCCCUGGACAUUCACCUUUCAAAAUACCAGAACCCCAGGGAAGCUGAUGCAAUGACCAAAGUGCAGGCGGAGCUGGAUGAGACAAAGAUAAUUUUGCACAACACCAUGGAAAGUCUGCUGGAAAGAGGAGAAAAACUAGAUGAUCUUGUGGCAAAGUCGGAGCACUUGGGAAACCAAUCCAAAGCCUUCUACAAGACUGCACGGAAACAAAACUCAUGCUGUGAAGUCAUGUGAUGUCGCUGCCUCGUCCUCAUGGACACUCUCUCUGCCUUUCUGCUUUUCCUACAACCCUCAUCAUGCACCAGCCACAGGGACACUAUUAUCCAUGAUGGGCACCAGGAUGAGAGCAGAAAAGUGUAAUUUCUCUAGAUUGUGGCUGCUGGGGGGCUAGAGGAGUGAUGGGGUUUGGUCAGGGGGCGAAGCAACAUUAAUAAUGACUACUCUUAACCUUUCAAGGGGCAUCGUGUGGUGUUCAGUAUCAGCUGAGGACAUUAUAGUGUGAAGUUAUGUACUGGUGAAGUGUUGUCAAAAUGUCUACAAACCAUUUAAUGUUAUUCAGAUUGAAUGAAAUCUUAAUAGCUUAAUCUCUUAAAUUUAUUGAAAGAGUAUUAACCACAUUUGUGCUUUGGCUUUUAAGGCAAUUCUGACAAUCUCAGUCUUAUCUAUUCACGAUAGUGUGACUCUUCUAUACUGUUUUUCUUUAGCUGGCAUAGUCUUAUAUGCCCAGUAGGUGGCCCUGUUUAUUUACAUCACAGUCCAAAUGAGCCUCCACGACUAUUUUAAAACAUCUUCACUUUACUGGACUUGGUUACAUAACUUCUUGUUUUCUGUCUGAUAAUGGUUAAGAAUGUCUUAACAUUCCCACUCUGGAUGAUUAUCGUGUAAUGAUGCUAAGAGCUGAUGAGAAGUGGAGCAUUACUGUAAAACGUAUAAAUGUGUUUUCCCAUAGAUGCAGCCUUAUUGCAGUGUUGCUGACACUAAAACUCCCAUCUUGUUUAUUAUCUUUUGUUAUGUGUACCUCAGCCAUGCUACACACAUCGAACAUACAUAACACCUAAACAGUGUUUUAUGUUCAGCAGCAUGGAGUCCAUGACUCAUGGUUACUUCUCAAACUCUGAUAAAAAGUAAAGUGAUCCAUACUUCAUGGUGACUGGGGUGAUUCUGGAAAACCUUAGGUGCUGUGUUGCACUCGCUGACCUCUGGUGUAGUCACGUUCCUCCUCAAAAUCGAGACAAACGUAUGUUGAGUGAGUAUCUCUCACUCUUAAAUCCACUCCACAGCUGACUUGUUCUUUUUACUGUGAGCAUGUUUUGCUUAAUUUAAGGUCUGAUUUGGUAAGAAACUUUCUUCAGGAACUGCUGAGUUAAAAUAAAGCGAUGCCUUUCGUUGUGUACUUUAGAUAUUUCUCUGCUUUCCGGUCUAUGUGUGUAUGGAUAUGCUAAUGUACAACAUCCAGCUGCAGGCUGCAUCGAUGUUGAGUGCCUGUGUGUAUGUUGCAGUUUGUCGUCUGAGUUUACCCUCUCUGCUUUUACAGUGUAAACUUUAGUGCAAUAUUUGCAGACUUUAAAGUGAUGACAGAAAAAGAAAAUCUCAUAAAAGACAGCAAAUUGACCUUUUGUAAAUGCUAUUCUUUAAACUAUCUCCCACAUGAAGUUUGUUCAAAGUUUUUGAAAUAUGAUUAUUUUUUCUUUUAAAAACACAAAAUUCCAGAUAUGUGGAACGAAAUCAUUCCAAAUCUUUGGCGGUAAUGCUGUCGCUGUUUGCUGAUGCGGUCUAUCUGACCAGUUUGCAUUAAACGUUCUUAUCCAGAUGUGGUCUGCACAUUUAAAAACAAAUUUUGUGAAAAUAAAGUGGUAUUUUAUGUCUGUAUUAACGCUUUUGUUUUUGCAACAUAGACUUGUUCAUACAUUAUUUGCAGAACAUGUAAUCUUGCUUAGAUAAAUCGAAUAAUGGU